AUGGACUCUGAUAGUGAUGACCCCCGGUACUCCGAGCUGGAGACUCUUGAGGCUAUCUACCCUGAGAUCCGUCAUCCAGACAUCCAGGAUAAGUUCACAUUUGAAAUCGAGCUUCCCGUCGAGCCACAGGCCCCGGUGACAGUUACAUUCCCAGCGGCAGUUACGAAUGAGACUGCUCUCACCGACAACCCGGGACAGCCCCUGGAGGCGGAGGUUGACUCUUCCCAAGUCACCUACCUCCCAUCCCUAACUCUGAGAAUCACCCUCCCGAAGGGCUAUCCUGAAGACAACCCGCCCAUAGCCCAUGUAUCCACAAACCCUCAGUGGCUGCCCCAAGCCACCAUCGAAAAGCUCGUAGGAGAUGGCCCUCGUCUGUGGGAAGAAGCGGGACGUGAUAUGGUCGCUUUCACAUACAUAGACCACGUCCAGCGAGCCGCCGAGGAUGUCUUUGGGAUCACCAGCCCCGACGGGACUCUCCAAGUUGCUUCGGAACACAAACUUGCGGUUCUGGACUACGAUAUCAAAGCCAAGAGGGCCGCGUUCGAGAAAGGGACUUAUGAAUGUGGUAUAUGUUUAGACCCAAAAAAGGGAUCGAAAUGUCACAAAAUGUUAGAUUGCGAUCACAUCUUUUGUCUACAAUGUUUGCUGGACUUCUACAACGAUGCUAUCAAGGAGGGUAACCUGUCAACGGUCAAGUGUCUUUCCCCAAACUGUGCCAAGGAACGAGCUGCUUCGCAAACCAAAACCACCGGCAAGCAGAGGAAGCCGAAGACCUCCCUCAGCCCAAGCGAGCUUCUCCAGAUCGGCCUAACAGACGAAACGGUCAAGCGCUACGUCGCACUCAAAUACAAGACGGAGCUCGAAUCUGACAAGAACACCGUCUACUGUCCUCGCCAGUGGUGCAACGGGGCUGCCCGCUCGAAGAAGCACAAGAAACCAGAAGGUCUCGAGCUGAACGAGGUUUCCGAUGGAGAGUCGGAAACAGAGGACAACAACAACGACGACGAGAAGGCCGGAGAGAAGAAGCCCCUCAAGUUCGACCGGGGCGAGCUCCUCUCCAUCUGCGAGGACUGCGGGUUCGCGUUCUGCAGCCGGUGCUUCCAGUCCUGGCACGGGGAGCUCAAAAUCUGCCAUCCCCGAGCCAAGGACGGCGAGCUGACCGAGGACCAGAAGGCCUCCCUGGAGUAUAUCCGGCUGCACACGAGUCCCUGCCCGACGUGCGAUGCGCCCGCGCAGAAGACUCAUGGCUGCAACCACAUGAUUUGCUCACGUUGCCAGACGCAUUUUUGUUAUUUGUGUUCGGCCUGGCUCGACCCGGCCAACCCCUACAUGCACUACAACACGAUCCCCGGCGGCAAGGUCACUUCGUGCUAUAUGCGACUGUGGGAAUUGGAAGAGGGCGAUGGCGACGAUGUAGGGAUCGAGUACGGCGGCGGACGAGCAAGACAGGAAGCCAACAACCCCCCGCCACCAGCGGUAAGGGCUCCCGCGGCGGAGGUGGUUGAGGACUUCGACUUCGACUUCGGAGGAGGAGGAGGAGGAGGAGAGGAAGUCGCUCGUGCGGUUCCGCAACGCAACAGACGCGAGGAGCCCGUGGCUGUCGCUCGAGAAGCACCGCUUGUUCUACGUUUAUUCGACAACGAGCAACCCCAAGGUGCCCAGCCGGCCGUCCCGCCUGCCGCUCCUGAUGUCCCACCCGCUGGUGGUCGAGGACAGAACGCAGCAAAUCGGGGAGGAGGCGCGCCAGCUCGAGGUCGUGGUCGGGGAGGGAGAGGAGCGGGAAGAGGAGGUGGAAGAGGGAGACGGCCGGGUCAGGAACCCCAACGCAACCUGGAAGCCGCAGGAAACGCAGAAGGCAUUCAGCAGGAAGGGCUCGAUGCUGCGCAACAAGCCUGGGUACGACACUUUGUGCAGAUGGCGCUCUUAGACGCGGAAGACGAGAUCGAAGGGGGCUCGGAUGACGACGACGAUAAUUUUCGCAUUCGUUGA